AUGAACCUGUCGCUUGUGGACCCUUUUGUCCUCGCCCAGGACUGUCCUGAAGUCAUCACGGGCAGACUGCGCAGUGGCCACUCGACUUCAAUCCGCUUCAGCCACCGCGGCGACCUUCUUGCCUCUGGACGACACGAUGGCGUCGCCGUCAUCUUCGACAUUGAAACAAACGGCGUUGCGCGCAAGCUCCGCGGCCACACGCGUCAGGUCCAGUCGCUGAGCUGGUCCACCAACGACCGAUAUCUGCUGAGUGCCGGCCAGGACUGGAAAUGCGUGCUCUGGGACCUCAAGGACGGCUCGCGCGUGCGCACCGUACGCUUCGAAACCGCCAUCUUCAUCGCUGAGCUGCAUCCCAAGAACAAUAUGGUCUUCGUUGCCGCCCUUUUUGAAGACCAGCCGGUCCUCGUCGACAUGUCCGCCGACGUCCCCAUCAAGCAUACCCUGCCCUCUGCUCCGCGCCGCUCCCAAAUCGAACGUGAAAAUGCCUCGGAGAAGCAGGCUGCGCAGGACGCCAAGCAGACUUCAACUGUUACUGUCUUCACACCCUCGGGCGACCACAUCAUCGCCGGCACAAACAAGGGAUGGCUCAACAUCAUCAGCACUGCGACUCGCCAGGUCCAGUACUCGACUCGCUUUACCAACAACAUCAUCGUUUUCGUCCGCUUGACCCCCUCCGGGAGAGACGUGGUCAUCAACUCCAGUGACAGGAUUGUCAGGACUCUCCAUCUCCCUGAUCUAUCGGACCCCAAGCUAGACUUUGACACCCUCCAGCUCGAAGUGGAACACAAGUUCCAGGACCUUGUGAACCGCCUCUCCUGGAACCAUGUGUCAUUCAGCCCGAGCGGCGAAUAUGUCACGGCGUCAACCUGGAUGAAUCACCACAUCUACGUCUGGGAACGUGGCCAAGGUAGCUUGGUGAAGAUUCUGGAAGGCACAAAAGAAGAAUUGUCUGUCGUUGAGUGGCACCCUUUCCGCCCCUUCGUUGCCGCCAUCGGCGUUGAUUCCGGUCGAGUAUGGCUCUGGUCAAUCCUCCAACCCCAACGGUGGUCAGCCCUAGCGCCUGACUUUGUCGAGGUCGAGGAAAACGUCGAAUAUAUUGAGCGAGAGGACGAGUUCGACAUCCAGCCCCUGGAGGAGAUCCACAAGCGCCGGCUGGACCAAGAGGACGAAGAAGUCGAUGUGCUUACUGUCGAACCAGUGAAGUCCGCAACAGAGUAUGAGGCGGGUGAUUUCCGCAUGCCCGUUCUAUUGGAUAUCGAAGCUAGCGACAGUGAAGAUGAAGUGGUAGCUAUAGGGGCAGGCCAAUUCCGGAGGAAGAGUCCCGGGACUGGACGAGAAUGGAUGAACGAUGAUGAAUUGGUGGCAAGCGGCGAUGAAGCUAGAAAGGCACUGACAAACGGCACCACCGCCACGACGCAGAAUGGAACGAAGAGGCGAAGGGGCGGGUGA